UUGGCGUUGUCGAGUCCCACAAAAGAACAGACGAGCAACCGGUGGAGAGCGACAAGAGCGGAAUUGUGGAAUUUUAACAAUGGAACGUCGCGAAAUUGGAACGUUCGUUUAGCGUUAGAAUCUCGUUUAAAAGACCCGGACAGUCGGAGGAGUUUUCAAACCGCGAGUGUGAAUUGUGUUUAAAGCAGCUGAGUGUGCAUAUUUUGGGAUACGGUUAGUCCGAGAGGAAACGGAGGGGAAAACCGUUGGAACGGCAAUAUGCGGCGUCUUUUACAUUCCGAAAGAAGUUUAACGGGAAAGUUCGUUUUAAAACGCGAACAGAACCAAUGUGGUUAUUCAAAGCUGUUUUGCAUCGGAAACGUCAUGUAAAUAACGCCAAUAGGGAUUCAUAAUGUAUGGACGUUAUUCAUUGCGUCUGUUUGUGUACAUUCUGUGAGCGCCUUUGACUGCAAAUGGCAUACGAGGAUGAUUGCUUUUCCUAAAGGUCAUUGCGUAUUGGGAGUUCUUUACAUCACAUUUGCUUGGACUUGUAUGUGGUUCUGGUGAAACUGAUCGUUGAUGGCUGUUUCUGUUGCUCAAAGCGACUUGGAUCGGAUUGACUCUCCACCGGCUGAUCAGGGGGGAUCGAUCUGCCUUAUCCAGCAUCUACAGGAGGAGGAGGAGGAGGUGGCCGUUUUGCACCUGGACUAUUUUGAAGAUACGGCUUUUAUAUCUGGACCUGGAAUAUAGAGCCCGUUCCCUGGAAAUAGCCCGCAUCUGAUGCCUGCGUGAGGGUUUUGCAGGCAGGGAUGCAGUUGAAUCGACCCAAGAGCGCGCAUCUCAUCAGCUCCAGUCCGCACAAUUCAUCCUCCUAUUCAAACCAGUUCAAAAGCAUGCGCUUCUCUUACCACAUCAGCAGCGGCUUGUCCAGUCCACAGCCAGCCCUGCGCAGAACAGGCCUGUCCACAUCCAGUCCACGGCUCCUAACCAAGAGUCUGUCCCUUGAGCCAGGCCCCUGCCUUGGAGCCCACGAGACCCCGCAGCACCUCUGCUCUGACCCUGGACCCCUGGAACCACAGCACUGCAAUGGCACAACUGAGAACGGACCUCAGGAUGUCCCGCCUCCACCCCCUAAGACACGCCCACCUUUACCUGGGCCAAAGCCUCAAGUGCCCCCGAAACCCCCUCAUCUACAGCAGCAGGGCGCUCGCCGGCCACGCCCCCCGGACAAGCCCCUCCCUCCCCCGCCCUGCCGCCCACUCCCCGCUGACCCUCGCCAAUCACGCGCCACUUUACCGAGAGCAGAGGGAAGCUCCUCCCCCACUUGUGUCCUCUCGCUCAUUGAGAAGUUUGAGAGGGAGCAGAUCAUCGUGGUUCCAGAUAUCACCGGCGGAGUGAUGUGUACCCCACGGGUCCCGGACCAGCAAGCCGCUCCUGGGUCAUUUAGCCCUCCACCAUCGGAGUUCAUCCUGCCCUGCACGUCCCUUCAGGAACCACUAGAGGCGCCGCUGGCCGAGGAGGAGGUCGAGAAACUAGAAAAAGAGGAGGAAGACGAGGUGGACGAAACCGAGGAGGAUGACAGUGAACUUGGGGCGUCCUGCUCAGAAAAGCGGCUCUCUAUGGAAUCGGGCUACGGUGCCUCUGAUAAACUGCUGGACAAUAUGGAGAUGAGGGACCUUGCAGCCAACCAAUCAGAAAUCCCCUCGGAACGCUUGUCACUCCCACCGUCACAGAUGGACGGGAAGCUGGCCAAUAGAGACAGCGGUAUUGACAGUAUCAGCUCGCCCUCACACAGUGAGGAGCUGUGCUUUGUUGGGGAUGAGGAUCGGGUCAGUCACGAGAGGGAGAUUUGCCCGUGCAGCCCAGGGCCCGGGCUUCCUUGCGCCUAUGUCGAGGGGCCCGGGGGAGAGGGGGCCAGCGGGGUGGAGGGCGGCAGAGACUCGGAGGGAGACAGUGAUAUGGAAGAGGGCAGCGGUGACGAGAGUGAGAUGAACCCGAUGGCUCUACAACCUCUGCCUAAAGCUGAACGACAAGACUCAACUGAGCUGUCGUUCCAGCAGCGGGUGUUUAACAUUGCUAAUGAGCUUCUGCAUACGGAGAAGGCCUACGUGUCCAGACUGCACCUCCUGGACCAGGUGUUCUGCGCCCAGCUGAUGGAGGAAGCUCGAGCUCGCAGCUCCUUCCCCUGUGAGGUGGUCAUGGGCAUCUUCUCCAACAUCUGCUCCAUCUACUGCUUCCACCAGCAGUUCCUGCUGCCCGCGCUGGAGAAACGCAUGGAGGAAUGGGAUCUGAACCCCCGCAUCGGGGACAUCCUGCAGAAACUGGCCCCUUUCCUGAAGAUGUAUGGCGAGUAUGUGAAAAACUUUGACAGGGCCAUGGAGCUGGUGAACACCUGGAUGCAGCGCUCCUCUCAGUUCAAAGCCAUCAUCCACAACAUCCAGAAAGAGGAGAUGUGUGGGAAUCUCACCCUACAGCACCACAUGUUGGAGCCUGUGCAGAGAAUCCCUCGUUACGAGCUCCUGCUCAAAGACUAUCUGCACCGCCUGCCAGAAGACGCGGACGACUUCAAAGACGCUCAGAAAUCUCUGGAGCUGAUCGCCACGGCGGCAGAACAUUCAAACGCUGCCAUCAGGAAAAUGGAGCGCAUGAGAAAGCUGUUGAAGGUGUACGAGUUGCUCGGUGGAGAAGAGGACAUCGUUAACCCGACUAAUGAGCUCAUUAAAGAGGGACACAUCCUGAAGCUGUCAGCUAAAAAUGGGACAUCACAGGAUAGAUACCUCAUCCUGUUCAAUGACCGGUUGUUGUACUGCGUCCCUAAACUGAGGCUGAUAGGACAGAAAUUUGGAGUGAGAGCGAGGAUUGAUGUUGACGGCAUGGAGCUGAAGGAGACCAGCAGCAUGAACGUACCACGAACUUUUCUGGUAUCCGGAAAACAACGUUCGCUUGAACUGCAAGCAAGGACGGAAGAAGAGAAGAGAGAUUGGAUUCAGGCAAUCCAGGCCACUAUGCAGAGACAUGAACAGACGCUCGAGACGUUCCGGAUGCUCAACUGCUCGUUUCGGGAGGAGGACUUCACUCCUCCCAACUCUCCAAAUUGCACAGAGCUGGGAAAGAGAGCGCCCACUCCGAUCCGGGAGAAAGAGGUCACACUGUGCAUGAAGUGUCAGGAGCCUUUUAACUCUAUUACCAAAAGACGGCACCACUGCAAAGCCUGCGGACACGUGGUGUGUGGAAAGUGUUCCGAGUUCCGCGCACGUCUGCUGUACGAUAACAACAGAGCCAACCGCGUGUGUAUAGACUGCUACACCAUGCUAGUGGGAGUGCCGCCCUCUCCUGCCAGUCUGAGCAACAGCACACAGAGACGUCGCUCCAUUCUAGAGAAACAGGCCUCAGUGGCGGCUGAGAACAGUGUGCUGUGUAGUUUCCUACAUCAUAUGGUGAAGGGAAGUGGCCGUGGAUGGCAGAAGGCCUGGUUCGUCAUCCCUGAAAAUGAACCACUGGUGCUGUAUAUCUAUGGUGCUCCACAGGAUGUCAAAGCUCAGCGCAGUAUUCCCCUCAUCGGAUUCGAGGUGUCGCUACCUGAAUCCAGUGACCGUCUAGAGCGUCGCUUCGCCUUCAAAAUGAGCCAGAGUCAUUUGACCGUUUACUUCAGUGCCGACUGUGAGGAAAUGCAGCGACGUUGGAUGGAGGUGUUGUCGAGGGCCGGCAGGGGUGAGGAGUUGCAGUCAAAUGGUCCGAUUUCCGAAGCCCUCGAGGAAGAAGGGGAGGAGACAGUACCUACAGGAGAAAGCACAUGAUUGGCUGAAAAAUAUAUCAUUUUGCACACACAAACUGUACAAAUGUGACCACAGCGACAGGAUAUCAUAUGAUAGACAAAACACACACACACACACACACCCACACACAAACACACACACACAUCUGUAUUAAUUGUCAGUUGUAACAAGUUGCAUGAAAUAUCUACAGGUACGUUUCUCUGUCUAUUGCUCAUCUUGUGUGAGUGACCAGUGUUUGGAACAAUCUGACAAAAGUGUGCACACUUUAAAGGACAAGCGAUUACGUUCAUCAACUCUUUGGGUCGCUAGCAGUUUCUUUGCUGAAUCGACUGUUCUUUUCGUGAAGUGGUUUCUCGACUGAUGCUUCUAAGGGUGUGUUCACACUUGGCAUGUUUGGUUCGAUUAAAACGAACUCUGGUGCGAUGGCUCUUACAGUGCGGUUCAGUGAAUAUGAACGCCAGACGGACCGAAGACAUCUAACCGAACUAAAAACAGGACAUCACUAGACUAGAUGUGACCCUAAAACUGACGUUUUUCCUUGUCAAAGAUGCUAUGAUGCCCAUUACAGCGUCGGAAACGUCGUCGCCUUGCAGCACACCUUCGUUUGAGAGUGUGACGGAAGAAUUCCUGGUGCUCUUUUGACUCCUUUAUACAUUUUAUAAACCCUUUGUGAGUUCUCAGCGGGCAAAAAUACCAAUCAUAUGAACAUACAAUGAGCAAUUUAGUCUUACAGCAUUGUUUUGCUCAAAAUAUACAUCAUAAAAGCCUUUUUUUAAUCUUUAGGUUCGUUGUUAAAAAUGACAGUGUGUGAACAGUGUGAAUGCUUAGAGAUCCGAGUCUAAAUGUGUCAUUUUCUUUUUGGUCCGGACCAAUAAAACCAAGAGAACCGAACUACAAGUGUGAACACACCCUAACUCGAUAUGGAUCACACUUGGUAUAGCGAAGUGAGAUAGUUGUCAAUAUGGCGAGGUGGCAUGAAUGUUUGGCCUGGUUUUGUGAAAAGUUUAGGUCAGAAAUAACCGAGUUUACAUAACCAGAAGGAGGAUGGAAUGACCGAUUUUGUUGAUUUUAAAUAAGCCAAGUAACUAUGAAUCUGGCCAAUAUUUAUACCAAUAAUCUGCUCGGUAAGGGGAUCAGAUUUCGAUUACAUAUUAAACAUUGGCUAUUGCAGUUAGCCGUGGAUUGUGACAGGAUUGGACACAUGAAAUGUUGUUUAGCUAUGCAAGCCUGUGUUUAUCUCAGAAACGUGUGGUAAUCAGGAAUUGAACUGCUGGAACAUUUAUUAAGCAGGUUCGAACCACUCAAAAACAACAGAAAUAUGUGCUUCCUGUUGACUCCGUGGUCCUUCAGCUCAGAGAACACCACCAAAUUUACUCUGCCACCUAGUGGGCGCUCAUCAUAAUGCUCUUAAAGGAGUAGUUCACUUUUAAAAAAACCUUUGCUGAUAAUUUACUCACCCCCAUGUCAUCC